AUGAAAUUACUCGCUGCAGCACUCGGACUUCUAUCCAUCGCCCGAUUCGUGCCAUUUGCAUUCUGCUUUCAGGUCUCGGACGCUGUCGUACGUUCUACAAAAUUCCCUGAUCUAUAUGAAGCAUCCGUGCUCGAAUUACAAAAUGGUCUUGAGCAAGGGGACUUCUCCAGUGUCGACCUUGUUCAAGCCUACUUCGCACGGAUAGAAGAAGUUAACCUUCAGGGGCCGGCUCUCCGGGCGGUUCUGGAGACGAACCCGUCAGCAAUAGCUCAAGCACAAGCACUCGAUGCUGAGAGAAAGGAAAGCGGUCCUCGCAGUUUGUUGCAUGGUAUUCCGGUUCUCGUCAAAGAUAAUAUCGCAACAGUUGCGUCUGAAGGGAUGAACACGACAGCCGGAUCCUUUUCUCUCUUGAAAUCAAUCGUACCAGACGAUGCAGGAGUCAUCAAGAAACUUCGAGCAGCCGGGGCAAUCAUUCUUGGGAAAGCCAAUCUCUCAGAAUGGGCUCAUUUCAGAGGUAAUCUCGCAUCUGGUUGGUCCGGCCGCGGAGGACAAUCGACGAAUGCGUACUUCCCUAAUGCCGACCCGUGCGGUUCUUCCUCCGGUUCCGGGAUCGCAGCGUCGAUUGGCCUUGCCGCAGUGACCCUUGGAACGGAAACCGACGGGAGUAUUACAUGCCCAACUAGUAACAAUAAUCUAGCUGGGAUCAAACCGAGUGUUGGUUUGACUUCUCGAGCUGGAGUUGUACCCAUUUCCGAGCACCAAGAUACAGUCGGGCCAAUGACACGAUCUGUCUCCGAUGCAGCCAUAGUUCUGUCCGUUAUUGCUGGUCCAGAUCCGAACGACAACUUCACUCUCGCUCAGCCAUCCCCCGUUCCGGACUUUACACGUGCACUUAAUAAGGAUGCACUCAGCGGUGCUCGUAUCGGUGUCCCACGUCGCGUCUUCUUGAACGAUAGCAUCACGGGAAACGAUCCGUUCGUGAACCAAGUGUUUGAGCAAGCAAUCGAGACGAUUAAAGGUCUCGGGGCAACCGUAGUUGACCCUGCUGAUCUACCAAGUGCAGACGAGAUAGCCGUGAGCAACAACGAGACGAUUGUACUUGAUAUCGACUUUAAGGUCCAAUUGAAUGCUUACUUUGAAGCACUGCUUGAAAAUCCUAGUGGUGUCCGCAGUCUCGCAGAUCUGAUCGCCUUCGACAAUAACAAUCCAUCUCUUGAAGAACCAACCGACUUCACCGACCAGCUUAUUGAAUCGGAGGCAACGAACGGAUUCAGCUCCACAUACUUCCAAUCGCUUGCUUUCGACAAAGACUUGGGCGCAACGAGAGGGAUUGAUGCCGUCCUUCAAGCGCAUAACCUCGACGCACUUAUCCUUCCUGCUCCUGGAUUUACAACAGUACCAGCAGCCAUCGCCGGUUACCCAAUCGUCACCGUCCCUCUCGGAUUCUAUCCGGAUAAUGUGACGAUACAAAGUGCAGGACCUCUCACAGUCUAUCCCGCACCUGGCGUUCCCCUUGGGUUAUCUUUCCUCGGAACUGCUUUCAGCGAAUUUGACUUGAUCGGAUUUGCGUUUGCCUAUGAGCAAAAGACGAAGACGCGUUUGCAGAGAAGGGCCUUCCCUGCUGCCAUUCCAACGACGCAACUCCAAGAUGUGAUUGGAAAAUAA